AAAUAUGACGUUAGGGCUUACACUCACCGCCAACAUGGCGGCGUCCUUUAAGGAGCUCCCGAGGAGAAUAGUACAGAUCCGGAACCGAAGCGCGAGGUUCGGGCCGAGAAACCCGCUCGGAAACUCGACGUUCCGCACAGAAGUGUCAGCGUACCGGUGCUGCAGCGGAGCCGCGGCAGGCAGGAGCACGCACUUCGGGUUCGAGUCGGUUCCGGAGGGAGAGAAAGCAGAGAGAGUGUACAAGGUGUUUGAAAGCGUGGCUCAGAAAUACGAUGUGAUGAACGAUGCAAUGAGUCUCGGGAUCCACCGGCUGUGGAAGGACUCGCUGCUUCGCCUCAUGAACCCUCAGCCUGGAUUAAAACUGCUGGACACAGCUGGAGGCACAGGUGACAUAUCGUUCCGGUUCCUGGAGUACACGCGCUCCGUCAGAGAGGGACAGCUGCGGCACAGAGCGCGAGCCAAUCAGACGCCUUCCUGGCAGGAAAUCGCCGCUGGCUAUGGCUCUGAGGGUGAGGAGCCUGCUGAGUCCAGGGCUGUGGUGUGUGAUAUCAAUAAGGAAAUGCUGAAGGUGGGAAAAGAGCGAGCGGAGACAGCUGGAAUCACCACAGGUUUGUCGUGGGUGGUCGGGGACGCAGAGGAGCUCCCGUUCAACGACGAUCAGUUUGACGUUUACACCAUCGCGUUCGGCAUCCGCAACGUCACUCACAUCGAGCAGGCUCUGCAGGAAGCUCUGCGAGUUCUGAAGCCUGGCGGACGCUUCAUGUGUCUGGAGUUCAGUAAAGUGUCCAACCCGCUGCUGUCCAGACUGUAUGAUGCGUACAGUUUCCAGAUGAUUCCAGUUUUAGGGGAGGUGAUCGCUGGAGACUGGAAAUCGUAUCAGUACCUGGUGGAGAGCAUCCGCAGGUUUCCUGACCAGGAGACAUUUAAGGAGAUGAUAGAGGAAGCUGGUUUCUUCCGGGUCCAAUAUGUCAAUUUGACAGGAGGAGUCGUCGCCAUCCAUUCAGGGUUCAAACUGUGAGUUUUUCACCAGGAGACCCUCACUCAGAGCCAGAGACCAUCCCACAGACAGUCCUGCAUACUGACCUGCAGAGUGUACAAACGCACCAUGGGCAGGACACGCACUGACCAGCAGAGGGCUGCAGAGAUGGAGACAUGAGAGACGUUCAGAUAAAACCGUCUGAAGCAGCGCAGAAAUCUUCGAAAUCAUACUUUACAGAAAUGUGCUUUCUUCUCAUGGAGUAGAGCGGUUUUAAAGGGAGGGGAUAACGAGCGACCGCUGUGCUCUAGUUUGUGUUGCUGGUGUGUUGUUAGAUUAUUUGAGGUUUUAUAAAUUCACACUGAAGUUUGUUUAUCACGGGUGUAAGAGUUUUUUUCAGCCUUUAAAAGUGGAGCUAUGUUUCUACAGCGGUUUCGGAUUGGCUGAUAAAGUUUUACUUCCACAGAAAUUAAACAAUCUUCUGAGUAUUAAAAUUUUCUGUGGCUGCUCUGAUUUAUUUUUUUAUUUAGUACAUUAUUUUUCUGCUCCAACUUCAUAGUUUGAUUCUGGAGAUGAAAAUAAAUUCAUCCUGUGUGUCAGGAUUUGUUAAAGUUC